AUGGCGGGUGUGGUGUCCGGGUACCCCCUGGACACGCUAAGAAUACGUCUUCAACAGCCUACCAACGCUAAUGCGUCGGCCUUCGGCCUACUCCGCAACAUCGUUUCCGCCGAAGGACCUGCCGCAUUAUACAGAGGCAUGGGUGCACCUUUGGUCUCCGUCAGCUUUCAGUUCUUGGUACAGAAUGCCAUUGUCUUCCAAAUCUAUGGAGCCUUUUCACGAGCACUUCAUUCACCCACCAAAACCAUGGAACCUCCUCCCUAUACAGGUGUUGCACUGGCAGGAUUAGGAACCGGAGUUGUGCAGAGCUUUCUGCUCAGUCCUGUUGAGCUUGUCAAAAUACGUCUCCAGUUGAGGACAGGUGGGCAGUCGCACAACCUUCCAAGUGAUCGAGAAAAAACCCCAAUGAGCUUAGCGAAAGGCAUCUUGAGGAGGGAUGGGGUGAGGGGGAUGUAUCGAGGGUUGACAGUCACCACACUACGAGAUGGACCUGCACAUGCCUUCUACUUCUGGACGUACGAGUAUGCACGAGAGCAGCUUCACCCAGGCUGCCGGAAGAGCGGGCAGGAGAGCGUAAGAACCAUGCUGGUUGCAGGAGGGCUGGCGGGGGUCGCCAGUUGGGUGUGUUGCUAUCCCUUGGAUGUAGUCAAAACUAGGCUCCAGUCUCAAUCCCAGACGGAUAAUCCUCCACCCAAAUAUCGUGGAAUUGUUGAUUGCUUCUACAAGAGUGUACAGGAAGAGGGUUAUCGCGUGCUGUGGCGAGGAUUGGGGACUGCUGUUUAUCGGUCUUUCUUGGUGAACGGGGCAGUCUUUGCUGCCUUUGAGUUAUCUUUGCGUUGCUUAUUUAGCAACAGCGACAGCAGCCAUGGAAGCACUCAAACACAAGAAAACAAGCUCUAAGCAUUCCUUGAGGUGAUUCUAAAUAAAUGUGUAAUGUAAUAAUUUAUAAAUCAAGGUGGGUAUAUCUUCAGUUAAGCAUUUAUAGGUUAUGAUCGAGAGAAGAUAACCCAAUUAUCAGUUAUUACAGAGAAGGAUGUAAAUA